AAGCCACGAGCCAAAGCCACCAGUAGCCACCGGUAACCGGCGUCUGUCAUUUAGAAGAAUCGAAUUGCUACGGUGGGCUUUACCAUCUGACGUUUAUCCCAUUCUUUGCGCUCACUUGUUUAACAAUCUACUGCCUUACCAGCACUACGCCAUGGCUAGUGAAACUAAAUGGGUUCCUUUGGAGAGUAAUCCCGAGCUGAUUACAAAGUUUGCUCACAAGUUAGGACUGCCGGCGAACUGGUCGUUCGUCGAUAUGAUGGGAUUCGACAAUGAGCUUCUGGCCAUGGUGCCGCAACCAGUGGCCGCCUUGUUGUUUCUCUUUCCGAUCACUGACAAGUACACCAACUUUGUUGAAGAGAAGAGCCAGCAGAUUGCCAGUGCUGGCCAAGUGGUCAGUGACAAUGUUUACUUCAUGAAGCAGACAAUCAAAAAUGCUUGCGGUGCCAUGGCUUUGCUGCAUGCACUGACCAACAGCUCAAAUCAGGUUCAGAUUGCAUCUGACUCUGUGAUCAAGAAAUUCGUGAGUGCUACUUUGGCCAUGAACCCUGAUCAAAGGGGAUCCCACUUGGAGCAAUGUAAGGACAUUGCUGAACUGCAUGCUGAGUGUGCUACGGGAGGACAAACUCAGGCACCAAGUGCUGAUGCAGAUUUGGACCUGCAUUUCAUUUGCUUGGCAAAUGUUGAUGGCCAUAUCUAUGACUUGGAUGGGCGCAAGCCAUUCCCUUUCAACUGUGGCCCUACAAGCACUGAGACUUUCUUGGCGGACGCUGCCAAGGUGUGCCAGGACUACAUCGCCCGUGAUCCCACAAACCUCAACUUCAACGCGGUGGCCCUGUCUAACACUUGUGCCUAAGCAGCAGGCACUGCCCUUGUGUGUUCCCUCUCAUGGUGCAAGCAGCGCCAAGCAACCAGCACCGUGCUGCCUUGUUCUUACAGUCUACUUGCCUUUCGUUUGUUUUGCUACGAAUGCUUCAGAGCAGUUCUGUGUCGUGAGCGGAGCUCGUACUUUUUUUACCACGCUGCUAGAGUUCAAGCAAGCUCUGCAAGAGAUAUCAAGAGAAGAAGAAAAAACUUGAUGUGCUUCUUGCCUUGCUGCUUUCGCAGAUGUACUCCGCCUGAAUAAAUCGUUCUUGCAAAACAAUGAA